GCAAGGCAUGCAAAAACUGCCCUCAGACACUGGGAAGAGGGGGAACAGAGCAGCUCUCUAAGUGCCAGCUCUGCAUGGGUGCCACACCUUUGCCAACCCUCAGGUAGAGUAUAGGGUAUAUUGUCUGGCUUAGUUGCUUUGGGCAUUGAUUGUGCUUGUUGGAAGCAAAGACUUAGGGAUGAAGGGAUGGGUGAAGUGACUACUACAGAACAAAAAAAGCAUCAAUUUUUUAAAGGGCAGAAAUGAGAGGUCAGGAAAAAAACUAGUAGGCAGAGAGGGAGCAGUUGGAGAAGAUGGAAGGGAACCAGGAGGAUGGCAACUCUGAAACCAAAAGAGCCAUGGAUUUCCCGCAACAUAGCCAGCUGGUCCUGGAACAGUUGAAUCAGCAGCGGCAGCUGGGCCUGCUGUGUGACUGCACCUUUGUGGUGGACGGAAUCAACUUUAAGGCCCACAAGGCCGUGCUGGCAGCUUGCAGUGAGUACUUCAAGAUGCUCUUUGUGGACCAAAAGGACGUGGUGCACCUGGACAUCAGUAACGCGGCAGGUCUAGGGCAGGUGUUGGAGUUCAUGUACACAGCCAAGCUGAGCCUGAGCCCUGAGAAUGUGGAGGAUGUGCUGGCCGUGGCAGGCUUCCUUCAGAUGCAGGACAUCGUCAGUGCAUGCAAUGCCCUCAGAUCCCUUCCUGUGACAACCUCCAGCACACUGGAGAAACAAGAACCUCCUGAGCCUGAGGGAGAAGAAAAGAAAAUGGAUGAGGAGAAGAAAGUUGCUGCUGCUACCCUCAGUGAGCUGGACCGAAUGGAGUAUGUCCCUCCAGCAGGAUCUGGGGGGGAAAUGAAGGGCGAGCCAGAGGCCCAAGUGGAGAGCAGAGGGGAUGGGCUCGAUGCCAAAGAGGAGAAGGAAGCCACAUCCAAGGAGCCACUGCCUACAGAAACUAGACCCAGUCCUGUGGGUACACCUCUUGAGGUACUCCUGUCACGGAGAUCACAGCAAGAGGAGGAAACAGAGAUCCAGAGAAAUGAAGCGGCUCGCCCAAAGGGUCCAGCAGAAAUGGAGGCUGAGCCAGUGAAGGAUGAUGAAGAACAGGACAGCAGCCAAGAAGCAGCAGUGUCAGGGAAGAGCAGCACCACUGAGGAGAAUAGGCCUCAACUAGAGAAUGGAGGCUCCGCCACUGAGGAGAACGAGGAGUCUGCAGGCACCGACUCUGGGCAGGAGAAUAUCGGGGAGGCUCGAGUCUUACGCUCAGGCACCUACAGUGACCGGACAGAGUCGAAGGCCUACGGCUCUGUGAUUCACAAGUGUGAGGACUGUGGGAAGGAGUUCACUCACACGGGGAACUUCAAGAGGCACAUCCGCAUCCACACGGGAGAGAAGCCUUUCUCCUGUCGGGAGUGUAACAAGGCCUUCUCAGAUCCAGCAGCUUGCAAAGCCCAUGAGAAAACACACAGCCCCUUGAAGCCCUACGGCUGUGAGGAGUGCGGCAAGAGCUACCGCCUCAUCAGCCUGCUCAACCUGCACAAGAAGCGGCACACCGGGGAGGCGAGGUACCGCUGCGGAGACUGUGGCAAGCUCUUCACCACCUCCGGCAACCUCAAGCGCCACCAGCUGGUGCACAGUGGGGAGAAGCCCUACCAGUGCGACUACUGCGGGCGCUCCUUCUCCGACCCCACCUCCAAGAUGCGGCACCUGGAGACCCACGACACCGACAAGGAGCACAAGUGCCCCCACUGUGACAAAAAGUUCAACCAGGUGGGCAACCUGAAAGCGCAUCUAAAGAUACACAUCGCGGACGGACCCCUGAAGUGCAGGGAGUGCGGCAAGCAGUUCACCACCUCGGGAAACCUGAAGCGGCAUCUCCGCAUACACAGCGGGGAGAAGCCCUACGUCUGUGUCCACUGUCAGAGGCAGUUUGCAGACCCAGGUGCCCUGCAGAGGCAUGUGCGCAUCCACACCGGUGAGAAGCCGUGCCAGUGCCUCAUCUGUGGAAAGGCUUUCACGCAGGCCAGCUCCCUCAUCGCCCACGUGCGCCAGCACACCGGGGAGAAGCCCUACGUCUGUGAGCGCUGUGGCAAGAGGUUUGUCCAGUCCAGCCAGCUGGCCAACCACAUCCGGCACCACGACAACAUCCGGCCACACAAGUGCAGCGUGUGCAGCAAAGCCUUCGUCAACGUGGGCGACCUGUCCAAGCACAUCAUCAUCCACACGGGGGAAAAGCCCUUCCUCUGCGACAAGUGUGGCCGUGGCUUCAACCGUGUGGACAACCUUCGCUCCCACGUGAAGACAGUUCACCAGGGCAAAGCCGGCAUCAAGAUCAUGGAGCCGGACGAGGGCGACGAGGUCAACAUCGUCACGGUCGCCUCGGACGACAUGGUCACGCUGGCCACGGAGGCGCUGGCCGCCACAGCCGUCACCCAGCUUACAGUGGUGCCUGUUGGGGCCGCGGUGACGGCGGAUGAGACGGAAGCCCUCAAAGCUGAGAUCACCAAAGCUGUGAAGCAGGUCCAGGAAGCAGACCCAAAUACCCAGAUCCUCUAUGCUUGUGAUUCAUGUGGUGAGAAGUUCCUGGAUGCCAACAGCUUGGCCCAGCAUGUCCGGAUCCACACAGCCCAGGCCCUGGUCAUGUUUCAAGCAGAUACGGACUUCUACCAGCAGUAUGGCCCAGGCAGCACGUGGCAGGCGGAGCAGGUGUUACAGGCUGGGGAACUGCUUUUCCGCCCCCGGGACGGGGCCGAGGGUCAGCCUGCCCUGGCAGAGCCUCCUCCACCCACUGUGGCUGAAUGAGGGAAGUGUGGGUGGGCAGAGGCCAUGGCAGACACCCCCUCUCCUGACUAUUUAAAGAUGGACAAUGCACCCUGGAUCCCUAGAGAGAAUAAAUUGGAUUAUUUUCUAAAGUUCCGGGAGUUGCUCUGGGACUGGGCAGGGAUGGAAGGGGUGUCAAGAGGAGUGCCUGGUGCCAUCAGCACAGCCAUCAAGAACUGGCAAAUGAGGGACACGGUGAGGGCCCCGGACCAGGCACUGCAAGGCUGGGAAACCACGUAUUGCUGCUUGACUCUGGGCACACACAUUUGACCUUCACACCCACUCCUGCGAGGUCCUGCCGCCCCUGCAGCAGGGCUAGGGCCCCCCAUGGCCCCAGGAAGAAACUGGGCAGUUAGAGAGUGGGCCUGGAGGAAGUGCUUCUCUUGCCUCCCUCAGGGAUGGGUUGGUCAACAGUCACAGCCCCUGGAGUCCCCAGGACUUGGGGCUUCUUGGGAACAGGACUCAGGAUGGAAAUUUGUGGCCAGACAACCCUGGAGGAGGUAUCCUCUCCCUGCCCGCCUCUUAGUCUCUUCAUUGUCACUUGUACUCAGGCUGCCAGGUCCCUAUCCUGCUCCCCCUCUUAAGUAAAAAGUCAGGGAGAAACCAGCUCCUCGAGCCCAAAAAGCGAGGGGCCGGGACCCAGAGGGCCUUCCCUUCCUCUUCUUCCUUCCUCUUCUUCCAAUUCUGGGGUCUGUCUUGGCUCACAGUGGCCAGAGCCUCACUCGUGCCCCUCCCUGGCCUGAAUCCCCUCUGUAGCAUGUUCAAGUGGUCACAUUGACCUUUGCUUGAGGACCAACCACUAAUAAAUAGCAUCUUCUGCACUUAUAGAACACUUCAUUCCCGCUUAUCUCAGACCCUCCCCGUGCCCCGCCCCCGGAGGUAGGCCCUUGUUCUCAUUUCACAUGAGGAUGUCAGCCAAGAGGGAUGGGGAUGUCCGGGAUUAAAACUGGGGCCUUCCUGCCCCGAGAUCUCCAUCUGUGCCGUGAUGCUUGCCUCGGCCCAAGGCCAUCCUUCCGGCUCUCUUUGGGAUCACUGAUUGUUAGGAACUCAUUUUUACUUUAGAGCCAAGACUUGCCUCUUGCCUCCAACUAACUACGGCUCCUUUUGGAGCCAAGACCAAGCCUGAUCCCCUGCCAGUCCUCCAACCGUGCUAGUGGGUGAUGCCACUGAGGGCUGGCACCCCGCUGACCAGGGCCACCCAUGGCUGCUCAGGCCACUCUUUCCCUCAUCUUGCUCACCUUCCUUGGCUUGAGCUCUGCUUCGGCUCCACCCUUCUUAAAUUGAUACUCAGAACUAAGCAAAAAGCUCCCGUUGUUCUCUGAUCAGGCUCCUGUACCGCCUGCUCUCAGGCACCGCCUCUCUCUUAGCGGAGCCCAAGUGGACUUGCUUUUGCGGCGCUCGUGUCCCUCAUCCCCCGCCCUGUACGGGCAGGUAUAGGACUUGCUCCUCUUUUUAUUUGGUCGUGCCAGGCUCUGGCCACAUCCUAGGCUUGGCCAACUGAUAAGCUUUGUGGCCAUGCUUUUCUCCAAGCCACUGAUAAGAAUGCAAAGUCACACGCAGCCAAGCGCAGAUCUCCAGGACACGCCAGUAGCCACUUCUUCUCGCUCAGUCGUGAUUCCACUCGCGAUACGCUUUGCUGAGAUGAAGCUCAGGGCCAUCUCAACCUCCUCCAUCUCGUUACUCGUUGUCCAGAAAGGAAAUAAGGAGAGUCUUGCUUUCACCAGCACCAAGUCUUCUCUACUCCUAAAUCUCUCCCAUUCCUUCAGCCAUUCUUACAGCC